AUGUCACCUUCAAUUGACGUUAUAGAACCGAAACUAAACGAAAAUCUAUCGCAUCUCAAUGAAGAAACUUUGAAUAACUUGUUGGAGUUGCUUUCCAAGAUCAAAACAAGAGAAAACUUAUUGAUUCUAGAUCAAUCCUUAUCAAAUCUAAUCAAUUAUUUAACUCCUUUUUCCAAGUUGAAAUCCGAAGGUAGAUUCGAUAAAAUCAUAUGGUAUAAGUCGUUACCUAUUCAUAAACAUCAAAAUGAAGAGCUUCGAAAUAUUAUUGAGCAGUUUGAUGGAUUGAUUUUGAUAGUUGAGUAUAAUCAAGCUAAUUUAAAUAUUUUGAAAAAAUUUAAUGAAAUAUUGACUAAACAAUUCAAACAGAUUAAAAUCAGCUUGAUAAUACCAAACUUGGGUAAAAACCAUGUAUUUGAAUUAAAUCAAGUAUUGAAUUUAGAGUUUCAAACGUUCGAUAAGAUCUUGAGAAAUAAUUCAAAAUGGAGUAAUUUAAACUUAUCAAGUUCUAUCAAGCUAUUUAACUGGGUCGUUAACCCUUUCUAUUACAAAGAUGAUAACUUGAUUAGCUUGGGAAUGAAUUUUGGCGGAUUGGAAUCGUAUUUCAAUCAACCUUUAGAACAACUAAACCAAUUAUCUGAUGAUUUCAUCAAAAUUAUUACUCCUGGAGAGUCAAAUAACCUUGAUGACUUGAUCAAGUUGAAAAAUAUCUACGGGAAGGGAGAUCAUUCGAAAUUAUUAAUAAAUUUAAUUCAAAAUGAAAAAUUACCCGAAUUUUUCAAUGCAAAUUUAAAUAAAUUGGAACAAGAUUUUUAUAAUAAUAAAUUGUCGGGAAAUACUGAUUUGAUAGUUUUAGAAAGAAAUUUGGAUUACUUACCAAUUUUUUUCAAUCAAUUGAAUUACCAGGGGUUAAUUGAUGACUUAUUUGAGAUAGAAGAUGAGUAUAAUCAAAGCUUUAAAAAUAAUGAAGAAAGUUAUAAACUAAACGAAGAUGAAUUAUUUAAAAAUUUGAAAGAUUUAAAUUUUGCAUCAAUAGGAAAUAAAUUAAAUAAAUUAGCUAAAUAUAUCCAAUUUCAAUAUCAGCAAAAGGAUAAUUUGAAAGAUUUAAAAGAAAUUAAAAAAUUGGUCAAUAAUUUGGGUAGUUUAACUACCAAACAAGACUUAAUUAAAAAGCAUACUUCAAUUCUGGAAUCAAUUUUAACUUUUAUCAAAGCAAAUGAUAGAAUCAUGCCUUUUAAUCAAAAUGAAUUUUUUUUACAAUUUCAAAAUGAUUUAUUUGAUUUAGAUUAUAAACAACAGAUUAAUUACCUUAUUCGAUUUCUCGAUGAAAACUAUCAAUUAGAUAUAAUCUUACUGUCAAUAGUAUUAAUCUCAUUGAUUAAUGAUGGUAUAAAAGAGAAAGAUUUUGAUAUAAUUAAAUUUGAAUGUAUUCAAAAUUAUACCAUUGAAAGCUUAUUGAUUUUGAAUCAAUUAAUUGAUAUCGAAUUGAUUCAUAUAAUCCCGACCGCCAAUAAUGAUUUCCUUGGUGCAUUGACUGGAUUAUCAUUGAGUAAUAACCAACCAUCCCACCACCAAUCGUCAUCUCAACCUUCGACCCCUCAAAAUGAAAACUUGGUUUCCUACGAUGGAUUAAACCAAUUGGGGAUUACUGCCGGUCAAAAAAUUUAUCAAAAUAACUACAAUCUUAUCAAUAAGUUUUGGAAUUUACACCCGUUAAUCGAGGAAGAAUACGAAGCUACAUCUACUACUAUUGACACCGAUGAUGAUACAUUAAUAAGCGAGUACCCCCAUGCCUCAUUCACCUUACCUUCCAAUACGGUUCCCUUACUUUAUCGAUUAGUUGAGUCAUUAUAUUUCCGAGACUUUCUCAAAUAUAAACCCACAAAUAACCUAUCGAGAAGACCUAAUUGGGAUAAUCUUGGGUUGGAUAAUAUGUUCAAGGGGAAAACAGUUGACAUCAACUUAUGUGACAAACUGGAUGAAAUGAAGACCAUUAGUAAAAAUAAAGAAUAUAUCAUCAUUAUACUAAUUGGAGGUAUCACCCGAAGUGAAAUAACAACUUUCAAGUAUUUGCAACAAAAAUUCUCUAAAAAUGGUUAUAACAAAGAAAUCAUCAUACUUACCAGUGGGAUUGUGAACAGCAAAAAAUUCUUUCAUCUCUUCAAAUCUACAUAG